CUGGAUUGCUGCCGAAGUACGAUCCGAGGAUCGUAAACGGCGAGGCUGCUAAGCCAGGAGAAAUUCCGUAUCAAGUGUCCCUUCAAAUGAAAAGCAGUUCAUUCCACUUCUGCGGCGGCUCUGUCCUUAAUGAAAACUAUGUCAUCACCGCGGCUCACUGUGUCGAGGGACAAACUGCGCCGAAGAUAAAAGUCGUCGCCGGUACAAUCGACUUAUCCAAAUCAGGCUCUGAGCACAAUGUUCAGAAGAUCAUUAUCCACGAAAAAUACAACCCUGACGAUUCUUGGAAGAAUGAUAUAGCCUUACUCAAGGUGGAGAAGCCAUUCGUGAAGUCGCCACAAAUUUCUUUCGUGACCCUUCCAUCGGUCAGUGACGUUGUUCACGCGAAUGAUUUGGCAACGGUCUCUGGAUGGGGUAGACUUUGGCAAGGCGGACCCACAACUAUUUACCUUCAACGUGUAAAUAUCUUGAUUGCUGAUCAACAAUACUGUAAGCUGAUAUACAGCAAACAACAUUACAAUGUCUACGAUUCGCAAGUCUGUGCGUACGAUCCAACUGUUCAGAAAGGUUCAUGCCACGGUGACUCCGGUGGUCCCUUGACCGUCAACGGAAAACUCACGGGACUCGUUUCUUGGGCAAUGGGCUGUGCCCUCACUGACUACCCCACUGUCUACACGCGUGUGGCAUCUCAUCUUGAUUGGAUAAAACAGAACGCCAUAUAAAUCUAAUGAAACUUGAACAGGAAGAAUCAAGAAUUGUACAUGACUUUUUAACACUCAGAUAUUUUUACAUUUCAAAA